CGGAUGGGACAGUGUGUUUAGGCUUCUCAUCCCUAACCUCACGCAGCCCGAGUCUUCACGUCCUUAAGGGAGAAGAUUUUCUCACUCUAAUCACUGGACAGGAAGAACAACUCCCCACCUGCCACCAUUCUGCCCGCCGUUGCCAUGGUGAUGCCCUUCUUCCUCCUCGUGCUCAGUGCAGCUCUCUGCACAUCGGCCUUCCCCAGUCACUACAGAUGCACGUUCUUCACAAAAAAUAAAUAUAUGACCUGGACUGCGGCUCAGGCCUACUGCCGGGAGAAUCACGCGGACCUGGCUACUGUGUACAGCCAGGAGGAAGCAGAAAGGAUUUUAAACAUUGAAACAGGCGAUCCCUCUGUGUGGAUUGGCCUGAGGCGCAGUAACAGCAGUGUGAAAUGGUCUAAUGGAGUCCGUGUUAAUUACACUAAAAAUAAAGCUGAUGAUGGACGGAAGGAACCCUUCUGCACCACCAUGAAGGCAGAUGGAGAUUGGGAGAAUGUGAACUGCACCCUGGAGAGACCUUUCAUGUGCUACAACAAAGGAGAUGGUGAUCACCCCCUGAGUUACACCCUCAUAAAGCAGAAACGCUCCUGGUGUGAAGCUCAGAGGUUCUGCAGACUGCACCACACUGACCUGGUCAGCAUCAGCAGCAGCACCCAAAAUGAUGCAGUAAAGGAGGAAGGAAGGAGUAGCAACCCCUUCUGGAUCGGCCUGAUACACACGGACUGGGAGUGGUCUGACGGAGCGUGCUCCACCUUCAGAAACUGGAGGACGGGCAAUCCUGGGGAAGUAAAGGACUGUGUGAAAGCAAGCACAGGCCAAAAUUACCAUACGUGGGUGGCAUCUGACUGUACAAGUGAAUUCCAAGCUCUCUGUUACAAAGACGAGAUCCACGUGAUUAAGAGCACUAAGACCUGGGAGAGCGCUCUGGACUACUGCAAUCAGAACUACGAGGGAUUCCUGCGCAUCGAGUCCCCGCAGGACCAGCGCCGGCUGGAGGAGGAGCUUCACAAAAGCAACCUAUCAGGGCCCGUGUGGCUGGGCCUCAGGCAGAGCCGUCUCUUUGGCUUCUGGAUCUGGGCCAAUGGGAUGAAUGUGGGGUGGAGCAACUGGGAGGGGGGCAGCCAACCAGAGCAGCCGCUGUCCCACAUCUGUGGCGCCAUAGCAACAAGUGGACCCGGGAAGUUCAAGUGGAGCGACCAGAACUGCCUCUCUAAAAGUUACUUCCUGUGCGAGGGAAGAAACGUUACGGGUCUGUGACCACCUCUAUCUCGACCACUAUUUCCACCUCUAUCUCUACCACUAUUUCCACCUCUAUCUCUGACGUGAUAGAAAACAAGCUUGCUUACUGUGUUUAACUAUGUGAAAUUCAUCUUUAUGUGUUUAUAACAAAACUAUGUAUGUAACUUAAUGUGCAAAAUGGAAAGGUACUGGGAAGGAAUGACCUUUGAGGAGGAAGACAUGUGGAUGAGCUGAGGGAGUCAGAUGGAUAACGAUCUGGGCUUCAACUGCAAUCAUUUUGGGCACAAAGGGGACACAAGAAGCUCACAAAUAUGUAAACAUGACUUCAGGGAUACUUUGUAAAUGGAGAAAAAUUCACAGUUAGGGUUAGGGUUAGUCCAUUUGCCAUAAGCAUAUAAUCAGAAGGGAGUCUGCUUGAACGGUUUCUUCUAUUUGGCCAAAUUAAAACUGUGUUGCUGAAUUACUCUGUGACCUGACUAAAUGGUUUGUCUCCAUUGAAGGAAAAAUCCAUGACACUAUCUCUACCACUAUUCUCCUGUGUUUAAACAAGUCUUAUUGCUGCUUCCCUGAGGUUGGCAGUGGUUUUAUACUCAUUUUCAAACCUGCGUUAAAUGUAAAAUCAGGAUGACAAAUUUCAAAUAAUUAGUCAUUUAAACACCACAGCUAAAUUCCUACACCGCAAUAUUGCAAUAAAACUUAUAAUAAAAAAUUAAAGUUCCAUUUUUGGAUUUGUUUCCUGACAUAUUUACUGUGUUUCUUUUUUGUAAAAUGUUUUCCACAGAUCUGAACCAUACCAUUUAAAACACACCCCACUGCACUUGGACCGUACCAUUUAAA